UCAUUUCCCCUACUUCACCAAUAGUGAAACAAAUACCCUAGAUGAACGCACACACAAAAAAGACCCAAAAUACUACCCACACCCAGUGCUACAUCUCAUAAACAACCACCCACAAUCACCUCAGAGAGAAACUAACUAAGUUGAGACCAUUCUCGUUGCCUACAUUACCCAAGACCCAAUCCUUUACACCCGAAACCCCCUACUACAACGGACCUCAAUAGGGUGAACUAAGAUCUCACUAACCGAACCCAAGAACUUGAUGGUGACUCAUCAUGUCCUCAACCUUACCCAUGAUCCUGAAAUUAUUACCAAACGCCACAAACUUUCCUUGGUUGGUAGGCUCGUUCUUGACAAGAUCACCCCUUGCCAUAAGAUCUGAAACAAUGUUAAGCGAGCAUGAAGAUUUAGAGGAGAUGUUAAGGUAAAAGAACUGAGAUCUAAUAGGUAUCUCUUUACCUUCUUGGAUGAAACAUAGAAGUUGAUGGUGGAAAAGAAGAGUCCAUGUCAUAUACCCCAAACUUACUUAAUCUUAAGGGAGUGGAGUAUAUUCAGAAUACCAGAGAGCGUGGCAAUCUCAACAACAAAUGUAGGAGUCCAAAUAUGGGGGCUUGCCCCUAAACAUAGAGGGAAUUGAACCUUCUCAACAUUGGAAAUCUAUUUAUUAAUGUGAAUGCCAUUGAAGAAAUCAGAAGUGAGAAAAUGGACUAUGGCAACUGUAUUUGAUGGAGGUGAUUAUCGAUAUGGGUUUCAAUGUAGAGAUAAAUAACAUAUUGAUGAGGUGGAAAUCAAGUAUGAAAAAACUUGCCUGACUUUUGUUAUGAUUGUGGCAAACUUGGUCGUAACACUAGAGCUGUCCAAAAUGGAUCAAGGGGAUGAUUGGAUUGGGAUUUUGAUGAUGGGAUUUGGAUCCAAUCUCACAAAAAGUAGAUUUUUGUCUAAAUGUCAUGCUUGGGAAGGGCUUCACAAAUGUGGGAUUUUAAAAAACUCACAAAUAUGGAUUUUUGAAAUAGCUUCCCCAAUAUUUCGAAAACUCACAUCUUUCAUCCAACAACGAGUGGAUCUGGACGAUGUCGGCAAGUGGAUCUUCUUCCUCUCUAUCCCUCUAUCUUUUCAUCGUAGGCGACGAAGAACAUUGAGAAUAAAGAUCUCCGUGGCAACAACAGAGGCUUCAUAAUGAUUGGUUCCCAAUAUGAACAUACUGGAAGUCAUCCGGAUCUAGAGAUCAAUGCAACACUAUGGAAUUCCAAACCAUCAGGUAAAAGGGAAAAAGCCACUGUUUUCUGUCAACAAAACCUUUUCUGAUCCCACCUCAUCAGCCAAGAAUCCAACCCUUUAGAACCAAGACAAAAAUUCUAGUCUCUUGAUAAACCGUGAAUCCCAGAUGAAUGAUCAACACAAGCCUACUACCUCCAAGCCAAAAUCUUUUGAGCAUGAUUUUCUAAAACACCUUGCCCUGAACCACACUGAUUUAUCUGAAGCUGACUUAGUGCACUCAUCCUCAGACUAUAUGUUCAAACUUCUCACCACUAUUGAUGCUCCCUCAAUCACAAAUGUUUUUGCACAACUUCCUAAACCCGAUCAAGAUAGAAUUCUUCAAAGCUUCCCUCAAUCCCCCUCAUCCCCCUUAUAGUCUGACCUAGUUUAGGUUUUAUAGUUACCAAACCGAGAAAUAUAAAAGAGGCAAAAAAAAAACCUGGAGGAGAGGGGCCUGAAGGCUUCAGAAAAAGACCAAAGGAGAAAUUGAAGCUGAUGUCUCCCCAGUUCAAGGAAGCAUGUCUGCUCCGAAAUUUUCAUUUGGUCUCAAUGACCUUGGGAGUGAAAGGCUUAUAACGAUAAAGAGGCUAGCAAGAUUGAAUGUAACUGAAGAAAGGACCCUUAUCUCAGAGGAGGAAGCUAGUGAUGGACUGCAGAAUAUUGCUCUCCAGAUUAUGGUAGUGAAUGAGAAGAACUGUGUUGUGGAGAAAGGACCUUAUCUCCAUAUUAUUGUCAGCCCCCCUGACAAUAUGGUGGUGUGAGAAUGUCAAGGUUACAUCUAUUGAAAGUGAGAAGCUCUUUAUUCACUGUUUUUUUUUAAAGGAUAAGCUGAUUUCUAUUUCACUAGUGUCUAUGGGGCUCCAUAAGCUAGUGAGCGAAGUGUGGUAUGGAACAAAAUCUCUAUGCUAAAACUGCAAGGUUAAGAGAAAUGGAUGUUGAUUGAUGAUUUCAAUGCGGUGAGCCGAUGAUUGGUUUACAUGAGAGGGAAGGGAGAAGGAUCACAAAUCAAAGAAAUGUUUGUGACUUUAACAACUUCAUCUUCUCGAAUGGUUUAGUAGACCUUGAAUUCAAUGGUCCAAGAUUUACUUGGACCAGAACUCAAGCAGGAGGGUUGCAUAUGAGACAAUGGUUGAAUCAAGAUUUGUCAAAUGUGGAGUGGAGGGAAGUCUUUCUAGAAUCAACUCUGCUACAUGACACAAGGAUAGAAUCUGAUCAUUGCCCAUGGUUUCUAUCCAUGUUGGGAAAAGUACAAAAAGCCAUUAUUUCGGAUUGAGGAAAGGUGGAUGGAGCAUGAGCAGUAUAAUGCGAUGGUUAAUGAGACAUGGUUAAGAAACAAUGGAUCUUUUGAUGAGAAGCUAUUGUUAUGUAAGAAGCAUCUAUCCAAGUGGAUUAGAAAGGAAUUUCAUGAUAUUCCUAGGAGGAUUGAAGUUUUACUGCAGAAAGUGAAUUAUCUGUAAGAUGGGGAUUAGAGUGUUGAUGUAGAAGAAAAGUGUCAAAGCAUAAAUGUCCAAUUGGAAGCCCUUCAAAAAUAUGAAGAGAUCCAUUGGGCCUAAAGAUCCAGAGUCAAAUGGUUGCACUAGGGAGAUAGAAUCACAAGAUUCUUCCAUCUCUCGACGAUCCAAAGAAGGCAAAGAAACACUAUUCGAAGAUUGAAAAGUCUUGAUGGGAGAUAGAUUGAUGUGUCUGGGGAAUUGAUGGACCAUGCUACUCAUUUUUUAUCCUCUUGGUUUCAUGAGCAAAUGGGAGUAACAUAUUUCUCUUUUUUUUGCAGGACUUUCCCACAGUGAUUCACCAGCAGAUGAAUGACGACCUUGCUACUUCGUUCUUCGUAGCCAAGAUCAAAGAUGCAAUAUUCUCUCUUGGCAGGGAGAAAUAAAGAAAGGGUGGAAUGAUACUUUCAUUGCGCUUAUUCCUAAAGUCCAGUAUCUAUGGCAAUCCAUCAAUUCACACUGAUUGGUGUGUGCAACUUAAAGUAUACAGUUAUUUCAAAGAGAAUGAAAAGAUGGAUGACAACUCUUAUCUCUGAGCUCCAAUAUGCUUUUAUUGGAAAUUGGUGUAUCAAAGAAACAUUGUGAUUGUCCAUGAGGUAUCAACUAUAUGAAGCACAAGAAGAAAUGGAACUGGUUCGACUUCAUGAUGAAAUUGGAUAUGAAAAUGGCAUACGAUAAGCUCUCUUGGGGAUUUCAUAUAAGGAAGUUAUGAAGGCUAUGUGUUUUCAUUGUCAAUGGAUUAGCUAGGUCAAGAAAAGUGUUUCUACUGCAAGGCUAUCUAUUUUUUUGUUCUUCAACCCCUCCAAAGGACUACAACAAUGUAAUCCUUUGCCUCCAUAUCUCUUCAUCCUUAUUUCAAAUGUUUUUUUUUCUCUCUCUGCCGAAGAACAUCGAGGGGGAAAAGGCUCAAUAGGAUUAAGAUAAAUUCAAGAUGCCUUGUUCUUUCCCAUGUCCUCUUCGCUGACGACACCGUUCUAUUUGGUAAGGCUUCAUGAGAAGAGGCUCUUUUUUUGAAAGAGGUCAUUGAGCAUUACUGUGACCUUUAAGGUUAGGUGAUUAAUCAUGAUAAAUCUGCUUUGUUUUCCCCCUCUAAUGCUCCUGAUUCUAUUUUGCGGAGAUCAUAGAUGUUCUGGGUAUUCAGGAAGGAAUUUCAAUAGGGAGUUACCUUGGGAUGCCAGCUAAAUGGGGUAAUUCAAAGGCGGAGACUUUCCAGUUUAUUGUUGAGUGGAUGGAAGAUAAAGUGAAGUCUUGGAAAAGUUUGCUUCUUUCCCAAGAGGGUAGAGAGGUUCUCAUUAAAGCAGUUCCUCAAGUCAUUCUAUCGAUUAACUUCUCUUGUUUUCUUCUUCCAGACUCGCUUUUCGGAAGAUGAAAUCUAUCCUUGGGUGGUUGUGGUGGUAGGAUUAGGUUGAAAAGAGGGCAAUGUCAUGGUUUUCACAUGACCAUAUUACGAUGAGAAAGGAUUGGGGGCCUUGGCUCCUGGGAUUCAAGAUUUUCAACAAUGCUCUUCUCGCCAAGAUGGCAUGGCAUAUUCUUAUGUCUCCUCACAGCUUAUGGGUGAGAGUCUUAAUGAGUAUCUAUUACCUAACGAACAUUAAUGCAAGGAAGGGGUUAAAAGCAUCCUUGCCAUGGGCAGGGGAAAAAGCUCUUUUUAUAGGCAUUAAGAAGUGUAUUGGGAAUGGAGAAGAAACAUGGAUGGAUGAAGCAUGGAUUCUAGAUCUUGAGUAGUUCAGAAUCCCAAGAUUUACUAUCUCAGUUUCGAGACGCGUAGUUUAUUCAUAGGCCAGAGAAUCAAUGGGAUGCUGGUCUUCUUCAUUAUCAUUUCUCUCUUGAUGUUGUAGUGCUGCAAUUCUCAAGAUUCCCAUUGGGCCUCAAUGCUUUACAUUUAUGUGGAUUUGGAACUAAGACAAGAAGGGAGCUUUCACGGUGAAAUCUUGUUACCACCACCUUAACUCUUCCAUUUUCCAUGAAAAUUCAAGUCACAUCAGCAAGAAAAAGUGUGGAAGUGGACGUGGAGUCUGACCCUGCCUCCAAAGUUGAGGUUCUUUCUUUGGAAAUGCGAGAAGAAUGCGCUUGCUACAAGAUCAAAUCUUUUCCAUAGAAAGUGUUCUCAAACAAAAUGUGCAAGAGUUGUGAUGCUGAAUCUGUAACAGGUGAUAAUCUCCUUUUUAGGUGUUGUUGAUUAUCUUCAUCAUGGAGCCUUUUUCGGCCUGGACUCUUCCUCCACAUGGAGCGUCCUUUCUACAAUGGUUAUUUUCUUUGAACCUUACAGGUAUCACCUGAAAUAGUUGGUGACCUUUUCUUUAGUGGGUGGCAGAUCUGGAAAGCGAGGAAUGAUUUUGAAUUCGAGGAUGUAAAUCCUUCUCCAUAAGCUAUCUCUUACAAUACUUCUCUCGAGCUUGCUGAAUGGAUUCAUGUUGUGUUUCUAAUUUAAUCUACAAUUCCUCUCAGUCUAGAGGUAACCACCAAAACCUUGUCCCCUCAGCGAGGAUUUACGUUAGAGUAAUCUUGUGUGAUGGAGCCUUCAAAAGAAACAUCCAGCAGGCGAGCAUUGCAGUGAUUAUGAAGAAUGCGAUUGGGAAGGCCUAUGAUGGUAGGGCUGAUAAAAUGCAGUGUUGGCACCUGAGCUGGCUGAAGCCUCUGCAAUACUAGAAGCGGUGUGUUUAGCUGGCUGCGAUCCCUACUCAACUCUAAUGAUAUCAUAUUGUUUGCUUGUAGUGGAUGCCAUUAGGAAGGAGGUUGUUGAUUGGCCCGUUGGUGGUCUUGUACAGGGGAGAUGGAAGCAGGCAAAGGGGUAAGAUUUGGAAAAAAUGAAAUAAAAAUGAGGGAUUGUA